CUGCCAGCUCUCAACAUGGCGCCGGCAGCGGCGCCGCGCCAGGCCCCAAGAUGGCGCCGGCCCGGCGCUGCCCUCACCCGCCAUGGCCGCCGCCGGCAGGGCAGCGCCGCGCGACUUCCGCUUCCCGCCCGCACCCAAGAUGGCGGCGGCGGCCGGGAAGCGCCGUGUGGCGAGCGGGCGGUGAAGCCGCUUCCGCCGCCGCGGCCCGUCCAGCAGUAAAAAUGGCGGAGUCGGUGCUGGAAGUCGUGGGCCGGCUGCAGUCGCGGCUCGCGGGCAGCUCCGAGCCCAAGAAGCUGCUGAAAAGUCUGAAGAGGCUCUCGGAGUUGCCCAUCACAGUUGACAUUCUCGUGGAGACAGGCGUGGGGAAGACAGUGAACGGCUUGCGGAAACACGAGCUGGUAGGAGACUUCGCAAAGAACCUCGUGGCCAGGUGGAAGAAGCUGGUGCCGGUCUCCCAGGAGGCAGACAGAAAUAACCUUGAUUCUGAAGACCGUGACUACGAGAGGAGCAGCUCAAGGAAAAAGCAACGAGAACCUUCCCCCAGAGAGGAUGAGGAGCAUGACCAGGACUAUUCAGAGCCUUUCCAGCCUUCCUGCAGCCAGUCCUAUAGCCCAGACCACAGGGAAAAGAAGUCCAAAAGGUAUUCUGGGCCUGAGAGGGCCCAUGAGACUUAUGACUAUAGCAGCCAAGAGGAUAAGGGAUGGAGCAGAUCUUCCCCAGCGCUCUCUUCAGAUCAAGAGUACUCAGACUAUGGACAAGCUGUGUCCCCUGAGCCAAGCGAGAGCCCUCAGGACAUGUACACAGACCCUUACGCCUCCGAGGAGCAGGAAGAACCUGCAGUAUUUCAUCAGAAAGCUGGUAAAGGCCACGGUUUUCAGGAGAAGCUUGGGGGAAGCCGAGAGAGGAACCCUGGUGAGUUCCACGACAAAGGGAAUGUGAGUCGGAACAAAGAGCACAAGGCUUCUCACAAAGAGAAGCAGCGACUUGACGGCAGAGUGGAGGACAGGACCUCUGCCUUCAGCCCAGAAAGGUCGCACAAGACUUCUUUUAAAGAGCACCUCCGAGAAAGCCCCGUGGCAGGAUGCAGCAAGGAGAAGCAGAGGAUGUCGGAUGGCACCAAGAAGGAGAAGAGCCGAGAAAGCAGCUCCUCCAGAAAGGAGAAGCUACACGUGCAGCCGCACUUGGAAGAGUCUCCGGACAACCACGUGAAGAAGCGAAAACAUCGGGACGCUGACAAAAGCAAAUUGGAAAAGUCCAAGCCAGGCCUGGAGACGUCGAGCAGAGAGCGGGAGAAACGGAAAGCUGAGAGUGACUCCUCAAACAGGGUUAAAGAGAAGGGGAUUUCUGGGAGCUUAAAAACUUCUGAGGGGAAGCACAAAGCCUCUGAGGUGGACAAAAAAUCUGUGGGCUUUUCCUCAAGUUUUGGGGAAGGGGAAGUGGAGGAUGAGUUUGAACAACCGACGAUGUCCUUUGAGUCAUACCUCAGUUACGACCAGCCCCAGAAAAAGAAAAAGAAAGUGGCCAAACCCUCCGUGCCAGCUGGGGAGAAAGACCAAGGGCACAGCAAACAGAAUGGAUCCAAAGCCAGUACCAAGAGCUCAAGCUCGAGUCGGAAGAGUCCAAGCCACAAACGGACGAGUGAGAAGAAGGCAGAGAAGAAACAGCCAGAGCCUCCUAAACCAAAUAGGAUACUCAUAGAUGUGGUGCCAACGUUGCCAGACAUCCCGCUGCCCCCGAUCCAGGCCAACUACCGCCCUCUUCCCUCAAUCGAGUCCAUUACCUGCUCCCAGACGAAAAGGAAAGCAGUGUCCUCGCCGGUCGAAGAGAGUGAGGCAGGCUUUACAGGUCGACGGUUGAAUUCAAAGAUGCAAGUGUAUUCGGGCUCCAAAACCGCCUACCUCCCAAAGAUGAUGACUUUGCACGAGCAGUGCAUCAGAGUCCUCAGUAACAACAUCGACUCAAUCUAUGAAGUGGGUGGUGUCCCUUUCUCAGUGCUGGAGCCUGUGUUGGAGAGAUGCACCCCAGAGCAACUGUAUCGCAUCGAGGAAUGCAAUCAUGUUCUAAUUGAGGAUACGGAUCAGCUGUGGCACAAUCACUGUCUCCGAGACUUCAAGAACGAGAAGCCAGAAGAAUUUGAGUCCUGGCGGGAGAUGUACCUCCGGCUUCACGACGCACGAGAGCAGCGGCUGCUCAUGUUAGCACGGAACAUCGGCUCAGCUCACGCCAACAAGCCCAAAGGUAGAGUGGCCAAAAUGGCCUUUGUGAACUCCGCAGUGAAGCCACCUCGGGACGUACGGAGACGACAGGAGAAGUUUGGAACUGGAGGGGCCCUUCUGCCGGAGAAGACCAAAAUAAAACCAGUCUUCUACACAUCUGGCAAAAGCCACGCUCGUGUGAGCGAGGAGCAGUCCUACGAUGGGCCCAGCACCAGCAGUGCCCAUUCUGUCCCAUCGUCAGGUAGCACCUUCUCCUCCUACGACCCCAGGAAACCACCAGUGAAGAAAAUUGCACCCAUGAUGGCAAAGACUAUCAAAGCUUUCAAAAAUAGAUUCUCUCGGAGAUAAGUUUGCAGCGCAGAGCUGGGAAAUUCCCUCUCGUGGGGAAGUGGCACUGAAGGGGAAGCAGGUACCCGAUCAGCCCAGGUCCCUUGAACUCUGCGGAGGCUGCAGCUGCUGGGAGAGGCUUCGAUCUGCACAAGAUGACAGCACAGUAUUUUAUCUUUUAUUCUUGUCCCUUCCUCUGUGUCAAGCCCGCUUCCCUUCUCCCUGACAUCCUGUUUCUGGCCUUGUCUUCUGUCAAAAGAAGGGUGUACAGAAUCUCCAGACAUGAGAAAAUGUGAAGUCUUGGCACCUGCUGAGAGUGGGAGAUCCAGAGACUAUUUACUAUUUAACCUCUUAAUAAAUUAUGAAAAGGUUUUAAUUAAUCCUCUGCCCCUCUAGCCCACCGGUACUAUUUAUGUUGCUCCCAGUAGUCUCCCCCCUCCCGUUGCAGUCCAAGGGCCAGCCUGUCUGACCAGCGGGCAGGAAUCCGGCCGGGUGGGCGCUGGUUGGCCCGGGGAGCCUUUCCCCGUGGCCUCGUACCUGCAGGGCCCGAGGUCCCACCUGGGCUCUCUGGGACAGGUGGCACUGGUGGCCCUUCUGCUCAUCGCUCCUUUGGCAAGCGCAUCAAGUCCCGAGGCUUUGCUCUCUAAUCGUAUAUCUUAAUAAACUCUUAGCUCUC